AUGAUAUCUCUCAGCCAAACCCAGCUUCUCAUACAAGCCAGCCGUCCGGUAUCGUGGAUAAUUGCUCCUUCUAUCUAUUUUGCUGGUUUCAUACACUCCGGAACUGUCCCAAAGAGUAUUGCUGCUCUCCUUUUCGGGGUAGGGCUGUCAUUCCCUACAUGUCUAGUCACAUUUGGAGUGAAUGAUAUCUACGAUUACUCUUCUGACAAACAGAAUUCGAGGAAAAGAAGUCCCCGGGUAUAUGGAACUUUGCUUUAUGAGAAUGACCAUACUACUGUCCUCCAAGGGGCGAAGAUCGCGACGUUUAUAACUCUUCUUCUUGCUACGCCUGCGUCGAUUCAAUACCCUCCCCUACUGGCUUAUACUUUAUCUUUUCUUUUCCUGUCAUGGGCCUAUUCAUCUCCCCCAUUCAGAAUUAAGGAGAGGGUCAUACUCGAUUCACUCUCAAAUGGUUUAAUAUGCUGGUUGUUCUGGGCAUCUGGGUAUACUCAGGGUGACGAUGGAACAGGCGAUAUUGGCAAGAGUUUUUAUAGUGGAUGGGCUGUUUUCUUUUAUGCAUCCGCUAGCCACAGUCUCGCUGCUGUUGCGGAUACUAAUCCAGACAAGCUUGCCAAAUACCGAACCACCGCCGUAGUAUACGGAGAGAAAUUCGCCGCUUUUCUUUCCAUUACGUACUACUUCUGCGCCGCCAUAUUAGCCGGAAUCUCCACAAGUAUAGGUAUGGCAGCCUGCGCAGGUGUGAUAACCUCUAUGGUGAUCUUGAUUCAAGAUGAGUACGUCGUUAUACCCGGCCGUGGCCAUUCGCUUUACUCGCAGUCUAUUUUCUUGGAGGACACAACAAAAACUGACAACCACAUAGCGAAGGGUACCUCCAGCUUUGGAAAGCGAUCUCUGCACAUCCAGAAGCACACCUGUGCCAACUGCGGUUACCCUUCCGCUAAGGUCCGCAAAUUCAACUGGAGCGAGAAGGCCAAGCGCCGCAAGAGCACCGGUACCGGCCGUAUGCGCUACCUGAAGACCGUCGACCGCAAGUUCCAGAACGGAUUCCAAACGGGUGUUCCCAAGGGCGCCCGUGGCCCCACGGCUGCUUAA